GCCUGCUCCUAUGCCAGGAGUAUUCCUGACAAUAAAACCUGCAGAUAUUGCCACUGUCCGUACACUGGGUCGACCUCCUCACCUCAUCAUGCGUAUCAUGGACUGUGUGUUGCUGCUCUUCCAGCGUAAAGUCAACCAUGUGAAAAUUGAUCAGGAAAAAUGCUGUACUGUCCCAUCAUGGCAAGAAUCUCUGAAGCUGAUGACAACAGGGAACUUCUUACAGAGCCUGCAGCAUUUUCAGAAAGACACAAUUAAUGAAGAAGUGGUAGAACUUUUGAGCCCUUAUUUUGAAAUGGUGGACUACAACAUUGAGACGGCUAAGAGAGUAUGUGGGAAUGUUGCUGGCCUUUGCUCAUGGACCAAAGCUAUGGUGGUAUUUUUUUCCAUCAACAAAGAAGUAUUACCUUUAAAGGCUAAUUUAGCAAUUCAGGAGAAACGCCUAACCAACGCUAUGCUAGAUCUGCAGAAAGCUCAAGAAGAACUGGGAGCCAAGCAAGAAGAAUUAGAUAUUGUGCAAGCAGAGUAUGAAAAUGCAAUGAGAGAAAAACAGACUUUGCUGGAAGAUGCUGAGCGUUGCCGACAUAAAAUGCAAACUGCCUCAAGUCUUAUAAGUGGUUUAGCAGGUGAAAAAGAGAGGUGGACAGAACAGAGUAAAGAAUUUGCCAUGCAAACCAAGAGGUUAGUUGGUGAUGUACUCUUGGCUACAGCUUUUCUGUCCUACUCUGGUCCUUUUAACCAAGAGUUCCGCAGUCUGCUGUUAAAUGACUGGCAAAAGGAAAUGAAAAGCCGUAAAAUUCCUUUCCGUAACAACUUGAAUCUCAUUGAAAUGUUGACUGAUGCUCCAACUAUCAGUGAAUGGAACCUGGAAGGAUUGCCGAAUGAUGACUUAUCCAUACAGAAUGCGAUCAUUGUCACUAAAGCAUCUCGUUAUCCUUUAUUAAUUGAUCCACAAGCACAGGGUAAAAUUUGGAUUAAAAAUAAGGAAGGCAGAAAUGACCUUCAGAUCACUUCUUUGAAUCACAAGUAUUUUAGAAACCACUUAGAGGACAGUCUUUCUUUGGGAAGACCUCUUUUAGUAGAAGAUGUUGGAGAAGAGCUUGACCCAUUACUUGAUAAUGUUUUGGAAAGAAACAUCAUUAAAACAGGUUCAGCCAGUAAGGUGAAAGUUGGUGACAAGGAAGUAGAUGUUAUGAAUGGCUUCAGACUUUACAUUACUACAAAACUGUCAAAUCCAUGUUACUCUCCUGAAAUUAGUGCUCAAACCUCCAUCAUUGAUUUUACAGUAACCUUGAAAGGUCUUGAAAAUCAGCUCUUAGGCAGAGUCAUUCUCACAGAGAAACAGGAAUUAGAGAAAGAAAGAACUGAUCUUAUUGAAGAUGUGACUAUGAACAAAAGGAGGAUUAAAGACCUAGAAGAUAACCUUUUAUUUCGACUUACAAGCACUAAGAGUUCUCUGGCAGAUGAUGAGACUCUACUAAUUGUAUUGAGUAACACUAAGAAGACUUCUGAGGAAGUAACACAGAAACUACAAACUUCUGCUGAAACUGAAGUGCAGAUCAAUACAGCCCGUGAAGAGUACAGACCUGUUGCAACUCGAGGUAGCAUCUUAUACUUCCUUCUCACUGAGAUGAGCAUGGUCAAUGUCAUGUAUCAGACAUCGCUUUGGCAGUUUUUGGGGCUUUUUGACCGCUCCCUAGCCAGGUCUACCAAGAGCCCUAUAACCAGCAAGAGGGUUACCAAUAUCAUUGAACAUAUGACAUACGAAAUAUUCAAAUAUACUGCCCGAGGGCUCUAUGAGGAGCACAAAUUUCUUUUCACGUUACUGCUUACUUUGAAGAUUGAUAUACAAAGAAACAGAGUGAAGCAUGAAGAAUUUCUGACACUUAUUAAAGGUGGUGCUUCCCUAGACCUUAAAGCUUGUCCUCCUAAGCCAGCUAAAUGGAUUCUGGAUAUGACUUGGUUGAACUUGGUGGAGCUCAGUAAGCUUAAACAGUUUUCAGCUAUUCUUGAUCAAAUUUCCAGAGAAGAGAAGCAGUGGAAAAUCUGGUUUGAUAGUAAGAAUCCCGAAGAAGAAUUGGUUCCUAGUGGAUAUGGGCAAUCUCUGGACUGCUUCAGACAUCUUCUUCUUAUCAGAUCUUGGUGUCCUGACAGGACCAUAGCUCAGGCAAGAAAAUAUAUCUCUGACACUAUGGGGGAGAAAUACGCAGAGGGAGUCAUCUUGGACUUGGAGAAAACAUGGGAAGAGUCAGAUCCACGUACUCCCCUCAUAUGCUUUCUUUCCAUGGGCUCUGAUCCUACGGACUCAAUUAUUGCUUUGGGAAAAAGACUGAAGACAGAAACGUGUUGUGUUUCCAUGGGCCAGGGGCAAGGAAUCCAUGCUCGUCAACUUCUACAGCAGACAAUGGCUCAUGGAGGUUGGGCACUUCUGCAAAAUUGCCACCUUGGACUUGACUUUCUGGAUGAAUUAAUGGACACUGUAAUAGAGACAGAGACUGUUCAUGAAAGCUUUCGACUGUGGAUGACAACUGACAUUCACAAGCAGUUCCCAAUCACCCUUCUUCAAAUGUCAAUUAAGUUUACCAAUGAACCACCACAAGGACUCAGAGCUGGACUAAAGAGAACAUACAGUGGUGUCAGCCAGGAUUUAUUAGAUGCCAGUAAAAUGGUGCAAUGGAAACCACUGCUGUAUGCUGUAGCCUUCCUGCACUCCACCGUUCAAGAACGGCGCAAGUUUGGGUCUCUGGGUUGGAAUAUACCCUAUGAGUUUAAUCAAGCUGAUUUCAAUGCUACUGUGCAGUUCGUUCAAAACCACUUGAAUCGCAUGGAUACCAAGAAGGGGAUCUCCUGGAGUACUGUUUGUUACAUGAUAGGUGAGAUCCAGUAUGGUGGUCGUGUGACAGAUGACUUUGACAAAAGGCUCAUGAACACCUUUGUAAAGGUUUGGUUCAGUGAAAAUACAUUCAGUCCAGAAUUUAACUUCUACAAAGGAUACAGCAUACCCAAAUGUACUAUAGUGGAUCAAUACCUUCAGUAUAUACAGAGCCUUCCUGCUUAUGACACACCAGAGGUGUUUGGUUUGCACCCCAAUGCGGAUAUCACCUACCAAAGUAAAGUUUCCAAAGAUGUAUUGGACACCAUCCUCAGUAUUCAGCCUAAAGAUAGCUCUGGUGGAGGAGGUGAAACUCGAGAGGAAGUUGUAGCCAGACUGGCUGAUGAUAUGCUGGAAAAAAUUCCUGCUGAUUAUGUACCAUUUGAAGUAAAAGAAAAACUAAAGAACAUGGGUCCUUUUCAGCCUAUGCACAUAUUUUUGCGACAGGAGAUUGAACAAAUGCAGAGAGUUAUUUCUUUAGUGAGAAGCACUCUGACUGAUCUAAAACUUGCCAUUGAUGGGGCAAUAGUUAUGAGUGAAAAUCUGAGGGAUGCUUUAGACUGCAUGUAUGAUGGAAGGAUUCCUGCCAGCUGGAAAAAGGCAUCUUGGCCUUCCAGUACACUUGGUUUCUGGUUUACUGAGUUUCUAGAAAGAAAUCACCAGAUUUAUAAAUGGAUUUUUGAAAGUCAACCAAACUGUUUCUGGAUGACAGGGUUUUUUAAUCCCCAAGGAUUUUUAACUGCAGUGAGACAGGAAAUAACAAGAGCUAACAAAGGAUGGGCUCUUGACAGUGUGGUGCUGUGCAAUGAAGUCACUAAAUGGAUGAAGGAUGAUAUCACAAGCCCUCCUUCUGAAGGUGUCUAUGUGUAUGGGCUGUAUUUGGAAGGAGCUGGUUGGGACAGAAAAAACAUGAGGCUGACAGAAUCUAAGCCCAAAGUGCUCUUCGAGCUGAUGCCAGUUAUAAGGAUAUAUGCAGAGAAUAACACUGCAAAAGAUCCACGUCUGUAUUCAUGUCCGGUCUACAAAAAGAGCAGUCGAACAGAUCUGAAUUACAUUGCUGUUAUGGAUCUUAAAACCCGUCAGCCUCCAGAGCACUGGGUACUCCGUGGAGUAGCACUUCUGUGUGAUGUCAAGUAA